AAAAGAAAAAAAAAGGAAAAUUCUUAAUAGAUUAAAUAGAUACUAUGCGAGAGAAUGUCUAGACGAUUAUUUUUUUUCCUUGAAAUUCUUUAUAUAAAUGAAGAAAAAAAAAUAUGCAUUAGUAUCGUAUUAACUAUAGUCUGUAUUAACAUAAAUUUGCAUGAAAUAAAUCUUUACAAAAAAAAAAUAGAAGGAAAUCUAAUUUAUAUACACACAGAAAAUGACAAGAAACUUGAUUUCGAAAGAUAAUUUAAUUGUGCGUGCCUUGAUUUGGAGAACACAAG